AUGUCGCUUGGCGCCAGCUGGCUUGAUGGCAGUCGCACUGCAACUCAUGGUCGUGAUGCUGCCUCAUCUCUACACGCCGAAGGUUUCCCAUCGCUAACUAGUGUUGAGAUUGAUGUUACUUCAGACAAAUCAAUCGCUGCAGCCAAAGAACUUAUCGAACAGCAAUACGGGCGUCUCGACGUCCUCGUCAACAACGCCGGAAUCGCGCUAGAUGUGAAGGAAAAAGGAAACUAUCCAAUGCGCGAGAUGAUGCAACGCACCUUCGAUGUCAAUGUAUUUGGAGCUGCCGCUGCCACGGAGACAUUUCUUCCUUUGCUGGAGAAAUCACCAAACCCGCGAAUCGUCUUCACGUCCUCUUCCGUUGGUUUGUUGACUAGAACUGCGGAUUGUUCCGAUCCGUGGUCUAGUGCGCCUAUCCCGGCUUACCGUGUGAGUAAGGCAGCCUUGAAUAUGCUUAUGCUUUACUACACCAAUCAGUUACUACAAAAGGGGUUCAAGGUCAAUGCAUCCUGUCCCGAUUAUAUAGGCACGAAUUUAAAUAGUGGUCGGGGGACAGGCACUUUAUAUCAGGGGGCUGAGAACCUAGUUCGAUUAGCAGUGCUUGACAAGGAUGGUGUCACAGGGACAUUUUCGACUGCUGAAGAGACUAGGCCUUGGUAG